AAGUAAACUCCUCAUCGCGUUAGUACGCUACCAAUUUUCGUUUAGUAAACAACGGGUCUCAAGUUUUGCUUCGAAUGUUAAGCUAAGGCACAACAGCCGGGCAGAGGAAAAGGCAAACUUCUGUGUGUUGAUGUGAUUUGCGCUGCUGAGAUACACUUUGGCAGCUGCAUCACCAGGCGGCUUCUGCUCAGAGAUUUCGUAAAUAUUGAACCACUGGGUUGAUAAUAUUUACUAGUCGCCGAUAUUUACUACACAUCCUGGGCACAUACAGGUGGAUUACGCGCGCGGUGCGCUCCGAUGGAAUUGUUUGGAAAAUAUCCGUGCUGAGGAAAAGUAUGUGCUGUUAUUUGCUGCUAGUGUGCGACUAAACAACAACGGUAAAACAAAUUUAUUGAUUUUUAUCGCAAUAGUUGUAGUGGAACAGUUUACCGGGAAAAAAAUUGUGAUUUUAAGAAAACAGAAAAUAAUACUGCUAUUGUGAAACGAAAAAAAAGUGUUGCAGUUUCGGGCAGCAAAACCAUCCCGCGGCACAUUAGGAUUAUUCGUUGACCGUUUGCGGGAAAAGUUUCGAAAAUUCUCAUCGGAAGCGAGAUUGAUUACAUGUUGGCGACAACAGCCGCCAACAGUGACAUGGCGCCCCCGGAUGGUCCCAUGCAGUACGAGCCGAAAUGGUCCACGAUGAAUUUAAUAAACCUGCCGAAAAUCAAACAGGAAAAUUUCAAUGGACUGAGUCAUUUGGUAACGUUACCGGCGUACGAGCAGGUCAAAACCCCCGGAACACCCCAGCUGCCUACCGUGAUAGAACACGUACACGAGGAACCGGAAAGUGCGGACGCAAUCAUUACCGCCACGGCGACGACGACGAUUAAAACGGAUGACAUUACCAACAACGGCCUGGUCGGUGACGACAAAACCACAACCACCAGUUCCGGCAACCCGACGGGGACGAACCGCGAAGCGCUCGUAAAACCACCGUACAGCUAUGUGGCACUGAUAGCCAUGGCAAUUCAGCAUUCCCAAAUGAAGCGAGCGACGCUGAGCGAGAUCUACGCCUACAUUACGACUCGUUUUCCGUACUACGAGAAAGAAAAGAAAAAAGGGUGGCAGAACUCCAUUCGUCACAAUCUUAGUCUCAACGAGUGUUUCGUCAAGAUUCCGCGGGAGGGCGGAGGCGAGCGGAAGGGCAAUUACUGGACGCUGGACCCCCAGUACGAGGACAUGUUCGAGAAUGGCAACUUCAAGCGCAGGAGGCGAAUGAAGCGACCGUACCGCACCGGACAUUACUCGAAAAUGUACGGCGAUUCGUACAUGGCGAAUGCCGGCGGGUUCAGCCAUCGGCCUGUGUUUACUCAAAGUCCCUACCAGACGUACCCACGGUACGAUGCAGGGGCCACCUGGAUGCCAGCUCCUCAGCUCGGUUCGUACACUUCGUGCUCUACGAGGUCUAACUACUCAUACUCAACACCGCUUCAGCAACCGGUGCAACCUGUGACCAUCAACACCUACGGGUCUCUAUCGAACAAUUUAGUUUCAGGCGGAACCCCUCCUCCCUGUCCACGACGGUUUGAGCCCUACUAUUCGCACUGGGACACUGCAAUUCUCCCAAUGGUAAAGGACGAGAAUCCCGGCCAGAUGAGUGUGACGUCCACCCAGCAGAACUACCAGAAAAGCUAUCUUCCGCAACCCUAACGGCGGCAACCGGUGGUAGCAGUACUAAAAUUCCAGCCGCGGUCCAAACCGAAACCCAACUAUCAGGCAGCUGGACUCAGCAAACUCCGCGAACCGCCGCGGACUGCAAAAUGGCUAGCAAGCCCUGCAAGCAUUUCGAUCGUUAGACCACCUUUCGAUAUACCAAAGCUGGAUAAACCUUGGAAACCAUAAAAUCUGCAACGAUGUUUGGGAGGGCCUAGCUUAGCGAAAUUACUAUCCUCAACCAAAAUUUAAUGUACAAACAAAACACCGGCAGGUAGACAACGGAUGCUGUAUAUACCUAGAAUAAAAUGCAAACAAGAUGUUUAUUAUAAAAAAGAUCGGGAUCUCUAGUGUUAAGAUCAAACCAACGAUUUUCAUAGAAUGGACUAAGAAGAAGAAAAAACACGUAAAUUAUUUAUUUAACAAAAUAAAUCUAGUAAAGUUGUACGAAUAAUUCGUAGCAACUCCAAAGUCCCACAAGCGCAAAUUGUUUGGCGAUCGAUUCGUUGGAGAACCUGGUGAAAAACAAGAAAAUUUCCGUCCAAACAAUCUGUCUCAAACCUUCCUUCGACCAUUCGAGGUAAUUGACGUGUCAAAUAAAGUUCUGUGAAACUGUAUGCCAA